AUGCUAUUGGGUGCUCCAGUGAGUUGGGGCAGCAAGAAGCAUCCAAGUGUGUCACUGUCUACAAGUGAAGCGGAGUACAUUGCGCUAAGUCUGGCGGUUCAAGAAGGCAAGUGGAUCCACCGCUUACUAUGCGAGAUCAUGGCGGCUGCUAACGAGGACGGACCCGAGUUCAUGAUCCGCGAAGACAACCAGUCCUGCAUCAAAACGACCAAGAAUCCGGUCAACCACUGCCGCGCUAAACACAUUAAUAUCCAGUACCAUCACAUUCGCGAUGAAGUCAAGCGCGGUGAAGUGAAGCUUGAAUACUGCGAGACGACGGUGAUGUUAACAGACAGUACUGUUGACGGUCAUCGGUUUUCUACCAGUGUUGGUAACCGUGACCGGUCCAAUCCGAACCGCCUGUUCAGCUUAGUGUUUACGACGUAG